GCUUCCGCUUCUCACCCCCGGCAGCCUGAUGGGAAGCUGGCGGAAUGUUUUGAGGCGGACUCUUCAGGGAGACUCAGGUGUUGGGACGGGCCGCGAGUCCUUAUCGCUACAGCGUUAUAACACAUCAGCAUUAAUCGGCGCUGAGCCAUUUUGGACACAGGGGCUAGCGCGUGUGUAGAAGAAGCCGACACGGAAGUUGUUGGACGGCAGCUUUUUUUCCAGAAGUUUACGAUGAAAAGCUGCGUUUUCCUGCUGCUGCUCGCAGCUUUCACCUGUGGACUCGCACAGGGAGAAGACAGUGAAGCCGAGGAGCUGCAGGUGGAGACCCUGGUGAAACCCGAAACUUGCUCUGUACUUUCCACGACGGGAGACACGCUGCAAAUCCACUACACGGGUAAACUGAUGGAUGGAAAGGUGAUCGACUCAUCACUAUCCCUGGAUCCUCUUGUGGUCGAGCUGGGGAAGAGGACGGUUAUUCCCGGUCUGGAACAAAGCUUGAUUGGCGUGUGUGUAGGGCAAAAAAUCAAAGCUACUAUCCCAUCUCACCUUGCAUAUGGAAAAAAAGGUUACCCCUCCUACAAUUCCAGGUGAUGCUGCCCUUGAGUUUGAGGUGGAGGUGGUUUCUCUGACACAGCAGACGUCAUGGCAGAAAAAAUGGUCAACGACGUGUUCCCCCUUGUGUUUGGCUCUGGUGCCCACUCGCUGCUCGGCUUGGUGGGACUUUUUACCUCUACAAAAAAGCCAACGCCGAGAAGCCAAGCAAAAAGAAGGCAAAAGACAAGAAGAGCAAGAAGAAAUAAGAACACGGCACAUAAUUAUUUAAA